AAGGAAGCCCAGGACAACCACUGGAACGUCCAAAUCACCUGACGUCAGGCUUCAACUUUUCUCCCUUCCGUACUCGCCACUUGUCAAGAUCGCUAGAUUUUACAAAUCGACGCCCUUUAUUAAUAGAAACUUGAUCUGGAACGAAUCAGGUAUUCAUCACACGCACAAACUCUCUUAUCACCACCAACCGCAAGAAAACGACACGUGUGCUUCGUCUGAACCACAACGUCAGCGGGGAUCCCAACAAUUGCAAAGUCCAAACGACCUAUUCUCAAAAUGCCGAUUACAGUGCAUACUGCAAGUCCUAUCAAUGCCUCCAAGGCGUCUGGUGCCACACCACAAACAGAGGCUCCAAAGUCUACCGCCGCACCAUCGCAGCCGGCGACGUCAACUGCAACCACAGGGUCAUCUUACACUCCAGCAGCACCUGGCGCAAAACCACCAGCACCUACAUCAACAAUAGCGAGUGCACCACCACAGCCUCAAACUACAUCGUAUGCUCCCACACCGACUCAUGCCAAUCAACCUCCUGCUCCCCAGCCCGGCGCUGUGCCCGUAGCUCCAAGCCAGGUUCAGCCAUCGAGCACACUCCCUCCUCCGCCUAAGAUGGGUGAAAAGCUGGGCCCAGAGCACUUAGCCUCUGCAACACAAACAUCAGCUCCCCAUAUGCCACCACAGAUGUCAUAUGCUCCCCCAACGCAGUCGUUCCCUACAAAUCCAGGCUCGUAUACGAGUACAGUACCCCCACCGCCAACGUUUGCGCAGCCUACGCCACUGCAGGAUGUCUCUCAUCCUCCAGGCUACCAUCAGAACGUCCAUGCAACUGAAUUCACUAGUCAUCAGCGCGCGGCACACCAAGCUUCCGUAGCAGAGAACCCGAGCUACUUCUCAGGUGGCGGGUCUGGUGAUGACGGUGAUGAAGGCAUCUGGGGAACCGCCAAGAAGUGGGCAGUCGCUGCGGGAGAAAACUUGGCCGCAGCGGAGAGUGAAGUUUGGAAGAGGAUUAACAAGGAAUAAGAUUCAUGCACUUCGGUCUACCCGAUAGCCCUGGGAGAACAGAGAUGACAGAUUUUGUGGACAUGGUCAGUCUAGAAUAUUAGAAUCGGAUCACCAUGGCCUGUGUAGCGUUGCUCAGCGCAGAUAGAACUUUGUUUUCUAGCCAUUUAUAGAAACAAAUGCCCUAAUUACAUGGUUGUUGGGCUACACUCCACGCCACCUCUGCCAUAAUUGAGGUGGUUAGUCCCGGAUCCCACUCAUUUCGCUGUGACGUUGCUUGUGGUUGCCCGCAGGGCAUAAUUCAUGCCCAAGUCAAAGUACGUAUGCAUACUUUGAGGCACAGGUCAGAGUCUGGUAGAUGUCCACCUGUCAUUGCCUUGCGGCGCCUAGGCGUGUCCGCUUGAGUGGGAUACGUGAGAGUUCCAGCUUGCGAGCGUCGGCUCUACCGCAAGUAUAUGAAGUCGGCGGGUAACCUGUCGCUGCCACCAAUGAGGAGCCGGCUUCAAGUCACGGAACUCGUCUCAACUAGUCUGGAGAUUCCAGAAAACCACGUUCGAGCAUGCCUAGUUGAAAAACUCGGCACAAAGUCGAGCCGGGUGCUGUAACCAACAUGAGACGGUGCAGAGUGGAUGUUGGUGGAGAGGCGCUGCCGCCCGAAACCGCCUCGAAAACGCCCCUGGAGACGCCCCCAUAGAUGAUGGGUAGCUGGGGUUUGCUACGCGGCCUUGCCUCUCAGCGAAGUCCCGUUUGGGUCCGCCUCACGAGGGUAGAAAAAGCACGAAAUUAAAAUGGAACUAAAGCGGAGGUCUGCUCGUGAUUAUUCGAGAUUUUCUUUCAUGCGAAUGGGGUACUGACCUGUUUGUCCCUCCUCUACAAUAGUAAUCAGCCAUAGGCAGCACGAACUGGACCAGUGGAAAUAGCCAAUACGCCUGCCUGCUCUCACAAGAGCUUGCCUAGGACGAUCAAGAAAUAUAACAACAGGCCUAGCCAAGUAAGCUGACCAUGAGCGUCUCAAUGGAGUUUGGGUGCCACGUGCACACCUUGUAAAGGCGAGACAGCGAGGGUUACUGGAGCUGCCAAGUGAUAGCCAGCAGUGCGCCGCUGUUCGCAAAUAUAGGUUGAUUAAUUGCCCGGUCUAGGCAACCUGGUGUGUGACUUGGGGAAUGGCGAAUUGAUUGUGUGAUGCUGCCGAGCCCCAAGCAAUUAAUUCGGCCAUCGAGAACAGACUCAGCAGCCUUAUCGAUGUUAAUCAGAGUGCGUGAAGAGUUUGGCGUCUGUGUCAUUGUUCGUUCAAGCGGCUGUGGCAUUUUUACCAGGGUGAUCAUCCUCGCAGCCUCUGCAGGGGCAGUGGCUGCAUUUCUUUCAAGCAAGCUUCCGUGCGUGAUGUGCACCCGCGUAUGGUAGACUAGAUUGCCGCAUUGUUGUCCAAAGCCUGAUCGGAGGAUCACAGAAUGCUCAGCAAACUUUCUUAUGUCAUAAUGUGCAAAAAGAAAGGACUAAGGCUGGGCUACAUAAGCAGACAGAUGUUGACAAACAAAACAUUCGACGUGAUGCUAUGCAUUGUUUCCGAGGAUGACAGUAGUUGAAGCUGGGCGGUUUUUCGAGCGCGCGUACGUCGGCGUCGGUCAUCAGGUUCUAGACAUUAUGCAAUCAAGGCGGAAGUUUUCGCUCAAUGAGUUCUUCCGAGGCUCCUCUGUCUUUGUGUGCGUCACCACUUUGCGUAUUUUUCUCUCACUGAGAAGAAAAUAGACUAAGGAGGGGUGUCUGCAGAUUGCCAGACGAGACGAGUCUGGAGCACGCAACAAGCGGUCAAUAGAGGCGGCGGCUUAAGAUAUACAAAACCAUAGUAUCUGUAGCAGACACCGGAUAGGAUUCAUAGCCGCGGUUGAGAGUUCCAAAUACCUGGUACCGUCAUUUACCGUAGUUUCAUCGUCGC